GGAGGGUCGGCGAGGGCUGCGGCCGGGAGGGCGGGAGCGGGCUGGGCCGGCCGGCGGGCGGGCCACCGAAGACCCGGCGGCAGGUGCCUACCCACCCUGUGACCCAACUCUCUCCUCUCAGCUCCACCCACUUUGGCCUAGACCCAGGCUCCAAGGGCUAAAAAUAUUGCCCGAAGGCUUCUGAGCGGAAUCAGACCGUGCUAAGUAGGACACGGCGCGCAGAGGCGACAGAGCUUCUUGGCCCCAGGGCGGGAGUCAGUCUCCGGAGCGGCGGUUCCGCCUACGCUCGGCCCGGCAGCUAGCGGCCUCCCUCCGGCCGAGCAGGUGUGUGUGGAGGCCAGUAUGAAGCUGAAAAAGCAGGUGACGGUAUGUGGGGCUGCUGUCUUCUGUGUGGCCGUCUUCUCACUAUACCUCAUGCUGGACCGGGUGCAGCAUGAUCCCACCCGUCACCAGAAUGGUGGGAACUUUCCCCGGAGCCAAAUUUCUGUGCUGCAGAACCGCAUUGAGCAGCUGGAACAGCUGUUGGAGGAGAACCAUGAGAUCAUCAGCCACAUCAAGGACUCAGUGCUGGAGCUGACAGCCAACGCGGAGGGCCCGCCCGCCCUGCUGCCCUACUACACGGCCAAUGGCUCGUGGGUGGUGCCCCCAGAGCCCCGGCCCAGCUUCUUCUCCAUCUCCCCUCAAGAUUGCCAGUUUGCUUUGGGGGGCCAGGGCCAGAAGCCAGAGCUGCAGAUGCUGACUGUCUCAGAGGAGCUGCCAUUUGACAAUGUGGAUGGCGGCGUGUGGAAGCAAGGCUUCGACAUCUCCUACAGCCCGCACGACUGGGACGCCGAGGACCUGCAGGUGUUCGUGGUGCCUCACUCCCACAAUGACCCGGGCUGGAUCAAGACCUUCGACAAGUACUACACAGAGCAAACCCAGCACAUCCUCAACAGCAUGGUGUCCAAGCUGCAGGAGGACCCCCGGCGGCGCUUCCUCUGGGCAGAAGUCUCCUUCUUUGCCAAGUGGUGGGACAACAUCAAUGCCCAAAAGAAAGCAGCAGUCCGCAGGCUGGUGGGAAACGGGCAGCUGGAGAUUGUGACAGGAGGCUGGGUGAUGCCAGACGAGGCCAACUCCCAUUACUUUGCGCUCAUUGACCAGCUCAUUGAGGGACACCAGUGGCUGGAGAGAAACCUCGGUGCCACGCCGCGCUCUGGCUGGGCAGUGGACCCCUUCGGACACAGCUCCACCAUGCCUUACCUGCUGCGCCGCGCCAACCUGACCGGCAUGCUGAUCCAGAGGGUGCACUACGCCAUCAAGAAGCACUUCGCGUCCACCCACAGUCUGGAGUUCAUGUGGAGGCAGACCUGGGACUCGGACUCCAGCACGGACAUCUUCUGCCACAUGAUGCCCUUCUAUAGCUAUGACGUGCCCCACACCUGUGGCCCGGACCCCAAGAUCUGCUGCCAGUUUGAUUUUAAACGCUUGCCAGGUGGACGCAUCAACUGCCCCUGGAAGGUGCCUCCCCGGGCGAUCACAGAGGCCAACGUGGCCGAGAGGGCCGCACUGCUCCUGGACCAGUACCGGAAGAAGUCCCGGCUGUUCCGAAGUAACGUCCUCCUGGUGCCCCUGGGGGAUGACUUCCGAUACGACAAGCCCCAGGAGUGGGAUGCCCAGUUCUUCAACUACCAGCGGCUCUUCGACUUCCUCAACAGCAAGCCUGACCUCCACGUGCAGGCCCAGUUUGGCACCCUCUCUGACUAUUUUGACGCUCUGUACAAGAGGACCGGGGUGGAGCCAGGGGCCCGGCCUCCAGGGUUCCCUGUGCUGAGCGGGGAUUUCUUCUCCUAUGCGGACCGGGAGGACCAUUACUGGACCGGCUAUUACACUUCCCGGCCCUUCUACAAGAGCUUGGACCGGGUCCUGGAAGCCCACCUGCGGGGGGCAGAGAUUCUGUACAGCCUGGCUGUAGCUCACGCCCGUCGCUCUGGGCUGGCUAGCCAGUACCCGCUCUCGAACUUCGCUCUUCUGACGGAAGCUCGGCGCACUCUGGGCCUCUUCCAGCACCACGAUGCCAUCACCGGCACCGCCAAGGAGGCGGUCGUGGCAGACUACGGCGUCAGGCUCCUGCGCUCCCUUGUCAACCUGAAGCAGGUCAUCAUCAAUGCAGCUCACUAUCUGGUGCUGGGGGACAAGGAGACCUACCACUUCGACCCUGAGGCACCCUUCCUCCAAAUGGAUGACACCCGCUUAAACCACGACGCCCUGCCGGAGCGCACAGUGAUCCAGCUGGAUUCCUCACCCAGGUAUGUGGUGCUGUUCAACCCCCUGGAACAGGAGCGGCUCAGCAUGGUGUACCUGCUGGUCAGCUCGCCCCAGGUGCGUGUCCUUUCAGAGGAGGGUCAGCCCCUGGCUGUGCAGAUCAGCCCACAGUGGAGCUCUGCCACCGACAUGGUCGCCGACGUCUUCCAGGUGUCUGUGCCCGUGCGCCUGCCGGCCCUGGGCCUCAGCGUGCUGCAGUUGCAGCUGGGCCUGGACGCGCAUCGCACCCUGCCGUCCUCUGUGCGCAUCUACCUGCAUGGCCGCCAGCUGUCCGUCGGCAGGCAGGAGGCCUUCCCCCUGCGCGUCAUCGACGCUGGCGCCAGUGACUUCACCCUCAGCAACCGCUACAUGCAGGUCCGCUUCUCGGGCCUCACCGGGCUCCUCAAGAGCAUCCGAAGGGUGGACGACGAGCAGGAACAGCGGGUGGACACGGAGUUCCUCAUCUACGGCACCCGCGCGUCCAAAGACAAGAGUGGAGCCUACCUCUUCCUGCCUGAUGGGGAGGCCCAGCCCUAUGUUCCCAAGGACGCCCCUGUGCUGCGUGUCACCGAAGGCCCUUUCUUCUCGGAGGUGGUUGCAUACUACGAGCACGUUCGCCAGGUGGUCCGGCUUUAUAAUCUGCCAGGGGUGGAGGGGCUGUCUCUGGACAUGUCAUCCCUGGUGGACAUCCGCGACUACGUCAACAAGGAGCUGGCCCUCCGCAUCCACACAGACAUUGACAGCCAGGGUGUCUUCUUCACGGACCUCAAUGGCUUUCAGGUGCAGCCCCGGCGCUAUCUGAGGAAGCUGCCCCUGCAGGCCAACUUCUACCCCAUGCCAGUCAUGGCCUACAUCCAGGACGCGCACAACCGCCUCACCCUGCACACCGCCCAGGCCCUGGGGGUCUCCAGCCUGCACGACGGCCAGCUGGAGGUGAUCCUGGACCGACGUCUGAUGCAGGACGACAACCGGGGUCUGGGCCAAGGGCUCAAGGAUAACAAGAGAACCUGCAACCAUUUCCGCCUCCUGUUGGAGCGGCGAACGCUGGGCAGUGAGCCUGGCUUUUUCUCCAAACUGGCAGCCAUGUUUAGGGACUUGGUCUUUCACAGCAGCAGGAGCAAUAACCUUGAGGUCCAGGAUGGCCGCUCCACGAGCUACCCGUCCCUCCUCGGCCACCUGACCUCUGUGUGCCUGAAUACCCCAGUGCUUGCCCUGCCCGUAGCCAGGAGGCAGCCCCCGGGCCCCGGUCUGCGCUCGUUCCAUCCCCUGGCCGGCUCUCUGCCCUGUGACUUCCACCUGCUCAACCUGCGUACGCUGCCGGCCGAGGACGAUGCCUUGCCUUCGGCGGAAACCGCACUCAUCUUACACCGCAAGGGUUUCGACUGUGGCCUUGAGGCCAAGAACUUGGGCUUCAACUGCACCACAAGCCAAGGCAAGGCGGCCCUGGGGAGCCUCUUCCACGGCCUGGACGUGGGCUUCUUGCAGCCGACCUCCUUGACGCUACUGUACCCUCUGGCCUCACCCUCCAACAGCACAGACGUCUAUCUGGAGCCCAUGGAGGUUGCCACCUUUCGCCUCCGCUUGGGCUAGGGCUUCCCGUGGCCUGAAGAGAACGUUCAUCCGCAGAGACUGCCUCUUACACACGGUUGGGUUGGACAAACCGGACAGGUAUCCUGUCCCGAUCUACCUCUCAGAACUGUGACACGCUGGGCUCCGCCCUCAUUUUCUGUUUAUCGUUGCUUCUCUGUUUGCUGGCAGCUGCCAGCCCAGCGUCAGGUAGACAGGGCAGACGCUCGAGGGACGGUGGCAGGAGCGCCCUUGGUCAGAGCGGGCAAUGCCAGCCUGAGCUUUGGGUUGUGAGCGGCACCCGGCCGGGCGCGGGCUCAAACACCCACCGCUCUCCCAUGAUGGGAUGGAGAAGAAGCAGGGUCAGAACAGGGAGGGCAGGCUGGGCGGGUAGCAGCCCAGUGCCGGGGUCACUGUAGGCAGGAGCUGGCUCGAGGGGGACCCCCUGGUUAUGGAGGGACUGCUGGAAGGAGGGGGUGGGGACCCGGAGUCACAGUGGGGUGGAGGAGGAAUCCCUUUCUGUGACGGCUCUGCCAUCAGUGCCCCCUGGCCUGCAUGCCCCUACUCGGGGCUGUGGUGCGGCAGGAAGGACACGCUAGAGACCACGUCAUGACCAGAGGUCAGAGGACACUUCAGAUACCAAAACCCUCCUCUCAUCAUGGGCACUUGGUCUGUGCAUUGGUGUGCGGGAUGGUGGCAGGAACGUCGGGGGUCCACCAUCGUACCUGACUGCUUUUUGGUUCCUGCACUCUGUACACCACUGUCCUGGGGAGCCCCUUCCCAUCCUGGGGCAUUUGGUCUGGCACACUUCCUCUUGCUGGAAAGAAAGUGAAGCCGCCAAGAGCCCAUGAGCUUGAGCAGUUUGAGAAGGCUUUCAGCCCCAUCCCUGCAGUCAGGGCGCGAAGCUUCACCAUUGGGUCACCCUUCUACAGAAGUGUUCAGAUCCUGGCACAGGGACUGGGGAUGCAGAGCGCAAAUCAGGAGGCAGUACGGCCGCUCAUCCGCCUUCAUUUCAGCUUCGAUUAAUAGAGAAAAGUUUUUGAUAGUCUCUAUAGAUGCUGAAACAACAUUUGGUAGUUUAAGAUCUAUCCCUUAUUAAAACCCUUAGUAAGUUAAGAUUACAAAGAAACAUCCUACUCUAGAUAAAAAAUGUCUAUCACAAAGCACCAGUUAAUGACAUUUGAAGAGUCCGACACCAUGGGUGUUCCCGUACAAGUCGGAAAGUAGCCAAGGACAUAUCACUAGUUAGCAGUGUCCUGGCACUGUCACCCCCGCAGGUGAGCAGGUGAAGAAGAGGCUGUUACGGCUGUCAUUGUUUGCAGACGAUAGCACGGCCGACCUAUAAAAUCUAAGCGAGUCAGCUGGGGACCUCGGACCAUUCUGUAAGUGGACUCAGACGAUAGACAUGACGCUCUUGUGAAGAGUUCGGUUCUCUCUGAAUCAGCCCAUAAUUCAGUGUAUUCCAGCGCUGUUGGAUACUUUGGGAAUUUGAUGAGUUCUCAAGUUAAUUUGAAAGAGUAAAUAUGUGAGAAUAUUAAAUUCUGAAUGAUGGUGCAUUCGGGGGUGGGGAGCAUCGAGGGGGUAAAAGGCACGUGUCCUGCACCACUGCCCCCAGGAUGCCCAAGCGCCCAGGAGUGGCCCCUGGGACCUGGGGUGGGCUCGGACAGACCAGCUGAUGGAACAAAAGGCAGAGUCCAGAAGCAGACCCCCAGGUAGAUGGGAACUUAGUGGGAUAAAAGAAGUAUUUGAAGUGGGGAAAAGAGAUGGAUUGUUUAAUAAACAGGACUUUAAGACAGCUGGCCCUCAAAGUAAGAGUUAGCUCUGUCAUUCAGUUUCCACCAAAAUUCGUUCCAGAGGGAAGAAACCAAAAAAGUUAAACUACAACAUUACUGAAGGAAAUACAGGAGAUUAUUAUACCUCCGGUGUGGGAAACUCUGUUUUAAAUAUAACAUGAAACCUGAAAGAUCUAAUAAGGGAAAAGAUAAACAGAUGUUACCACCCCAGAAUAUUGGAAGUUUAUGUAUGAUGGAAAACAUCAGGGUUACAACACAAAUGACAGAUUGGGAAAAAAUGUUUGUAGCACUUCCAAUAUUGAUGAGUUAAUUACUUCAGGAGAAAAGCUUGCUUUGGGGUCCUUGGAGAGGGUCCCCCGGGCCUGCUCAGCAGCACCCCAAACAUGAAGAGUUCUUCCAGGUUAUCCAGGGCUGUUGUCGCCAACAUCGGGCCAGGGCACUGGAAUCCUGUCUAAAUCGUCGUGGAAGAAAUAACAUGAUCGAUGUGAGGUGCUCAGCACAGAGUGCCCAGUACGUAGAGGAGCUCACUAAACAGGGACUGUAAUCUUAGUAAAGGACGCUAAGCAGUGAGACCACAGCAGGUGGUAUUUUCUAGUAUCAUAUGACUUGUAAUCAAAAGAUAACGGAGACUCUGUGAACCCCCCCUAGGAAAUGAGCAGAAUAAAGGCUACGACCUUUGGA